AUGGCAGGAGGGGAUGGGGUUAGUAUGGGACUAGGAAGGGAAUGGAAGGGAAGAAGACAGAUGGUCUUCUCCCUCCUGUGGAACUUGACUGGAUCCGAUCCCUAUGAGGUGAACGAGCUCGGACAGUCAUGCAGAACCUCUUUUGCGAAUGAGGGCCCGGCUGUUGUUCUCGGAUGCAAUGCCGACGCAUCGGGAAGAUCAUGGGACACAUGGAAGGGAAAAAAGACGGCAGUCGCCACCUUAGAGCCAUACUGGGAGAACCCGUGGGGUGCACCUGGAGGCUCGACGUGGGGCAAGCCUGCGAAUGUCGGGACCAACUAUUAUUGA